AGCCGAAGUUCUAAGUUUCUGCGGUCAUCAAACACAUCAGGAACGACUCCUUCCGCGACACUGCACGGCCGCAAAUCAAGCCCAGCUGUCGUAAAUAUGAGGUUAGCGUCGUCCGCGUCGGCAGGUGUUUGGCUCUGAGUUAAGAAUCUGCUCCUUCCUCAGAUCAGCUCUGGUUCUGCUCACACCUGGUCUGGACUCUGAAGCCCAAACAUGAGCCUCCAGGACGGCAGAGCCCACCUGAAGCAGACCCCGGCUCCAGCCCCGCACUCGCCUGUUGUGCAGUUGAACGUCGGAGGUCACAUGUUCUACACCACUCUGAGCACGCUCCGUAAACACCCCGACUCCAACCUCGCAGAGCUGUUCAGCGUUCCGCCCAAACUGCACGUGGACGCGCAGGGACGCUACUUCAUCGACCGCGACGGGUCACACUUCGGCUCCAUCCUGGAGUUCCUGCGAUCGGAGCGCGUGCCCACGGAGAACCUCAGGGAGAUCCACAGGGAGGCGCUCUUCUAUAACAUUCAACCUUUGGUCAAAGUUCUGGAGGAUCGACCUGAACUGUUUGGAGAAACUGUGGGAAGACAACAGUUCCUGUCCAGAGUUCCACAUUAUAAGGAGAACAUCCAGGUGCUGAUUCGCGUUGCCAGGGCCGAGGCCGUCGCCGCCCGUUACUCCACCAUGUUGAUCUGCGUUCUUCGGACGGAGGAGGACGUGGGUUUCUAUGACAACGCCAUCAGCAGCCUGGCGGCCGAUAAGGAGUCGGUGGUGGUCUUCGGGCCGUGGAAGGCGGCUCCGUCGGUGGAGGACCUGCUGGACUGUAUCCAGACGGACAUACGCAGUCAGGGCUACCAGGUGACCGUCCAGCGCCACGUCAUGGAGAAGAACUUCCUGUUCCGCAGCUACGACUUCUUCUACAAACUCAUGUUUACCUGGUGGUAAAUCUGAGCGGUUCCUUCAAUAAGUCAUGCCUUUGGUUUUUUUCACUGAAUCUUAAUCAUCAGCGUCUGUUGGUUUGUGUUUAGUUUGAGUGGAUUCUUCUGAAAAACAGGAACAAUUAAUGAAAUAAUGACCUCAAAAAGAACUGUUUUUUUUUAUAGUCAUUUAUUUCCUCCAUCUUUAACUUCCUGCUGUUUUCAGUUCAAUGUAAAGACACAAACACCUCAGUCCAUCAUUAUGAAAU